CGGCAUUUACUUUCAAUUUUUCACUCAUCCAGCUUCUCAAUAAUUUUUCUAUCUACCAUUUUCCCAAUUAUAUUCCUUACCAUUACCCAAGAUUUCAUAUCAAUCCUUCACAAAUUUAUCUCUUUACCCCAUUUCACCAUAAAUCCCCACCAUGGCAAUUCCUGUUUUUGCUACUUCUAGAUGGUCCAAAUUGAAUCAAGUUCAACCAAAAAAGAUUGAUUGAAUUUACAACUCCGUGCGAUACGAGUGUAUCAUGUUCCACUAAGUGAGCUGUUUGGAGUCUUGGGAAAUAAAUUUUUGCAGACCGAAAGGGGGACAAGAUACAUUCAAUUAUAAAACCUCCAUAUAUCAAAAAAUUUCAAUCAAAAUUUAAAGAAAGAAAUGUGCGUUUCUAGAAUGAGUUCAUUCGAAAAUCGUGAGUUGAUGUAUAAGAAAUAUGAGAGAGAAGGUGUUGUUAGUCAAGAAUGGGUGGACAACGUGGUUGAGUUUGUAGAGUACUUCGGCCCGACUAGGAUCAACUCUGUUCUUGAAGAAGAGCCAAAUUCGACAGACAAGCACUUCUUCGAAAGGUUGAAAGCUGUGAUACAAAUCUUUGACAUUCUUCCGAAGGACAACUCAAUGGUGAAUGACUUUUAUGAAACUAAAAAGAUGAUUGAAGGUUUGGGUCUUCCGGUCCAAAAGAUUCAUUGUUGUGUUCUUGGAUGCAUGUUAUAUUGGAGAGGCGAUGAAAGUCAUACCGAGUGCAAGGCUAAGAAGAAAGGGGCGCAUGUGCCGUUGGAUGAGGUUAUCAUCCACACAAAGACAAAGAAGCACGACGGCAAGACUUGGGUGGAUCCGGAACAUGCUGAGCUACAGGCCCAAUUCUUCGAACUGCGCGAGGAGGCUAGACAAAAUGGGCUUAAAGUCACUGACCAAGAAAUAUGGUACUCGCUAGUCGAGGGCCAUAACGCGAAAAACCGCGUUCCUGGAGUUGGUGACUACGCGCGGGAUAUGAAGAAGAUCAAUCCGUCCUCCAAACCUCGCCGUUCCAGCACUAGUAGCAGCAGCGCGGCGGAGAUGGUAGCACUUAAAGAGCAAAACCAAAGGCUGCAGGAACAAAUUAAUAAUCUAACCUCAAGCUUGUCGCUGACGAUUCAGGAGGAGAUAAGGAAUUUAUAUGGUGGUUUUCUUCUCACUUUGGGGUUCCGAGGAUGCAAGAGUGACACAUCUCUUUUUGUCUACUCCCGGGGACCUGACAUGGCCUAUCUUCUUCUUUAUGUGGACGACAUUGUCCUCACGGCUUCCUCCACCGCUCUUCUCAGCCUCACUCAGAAGCUUAAGGGGGAGUUUGCCAUGACAGAUAUGGGGGAUCUAAAUUUUUUCCUCGACAUCAGUGUCCAGCGCACGGCUGGGGGCCUCUUUCUACAUCAGACUCAGUUUGCACACGAGAUCCUUGAGCGGGUUGACAUGCUUCACUGCAAGCCUAUCUCCACCCCGGUCGACACCAAGGCAAAGCUGUCAGCCACGUCCGGCCCACCACUUCCAGAUCCCACCAUCUACAUAUUUAUUGUCGGUGCCCUACACCCUACAAAUUUUGGCCAUCCUGAUCGUGGUUCAGCACCAGAAUCAAAUGUUAUCCAAGGUGGUGCUCGCGGACACUUUAAACGUGGACGCGGAAAUAACCGCAACAAAGGGCCGAACAGGGGCUAUAAAAAUCCAANGAAAACUUAAAAGGCAAGAGACAAUACUUGAAACAAAAGACGUUCAUUCUUCAAAGAAAGAAAAUGAACGAACCGAGCAUGUUGAUAUAAAAAAUAAUAUCAACGAACAAUUUGUUUCAAAUGAGGAUUUAACCAUCUCUGAAGAUGCGAAUAAUUCAGAUGAAGAUAG